GGGAGAGAGGGGAUGUGACCGUAGGCACGGUCAGAGAAGAACGACUUCAGUUGACAUCUGAAGAUUGGCAAGGCUGAGGGAUUGAGGCAGAAGUAUCCAGAGUUUUCGGGUGUCGUGACUUAAAACAUGGCUGUUGACGGUGGAACCGAUGGGUCGAUGGAUGUGUAGGAGGCCGAAGCCAGCUGAUCGAGGGGGUGGAUCGCGGAGUGUGGUGUAAGCAGGUCGGAGAGGACUCAGAAAACGUCCAGACUGCAGUACCUUGCUAGUCCUGACUACAGAUACAAUGGCCAUAAAUUUUGGAAUAAUUAACACAAAAGGAGGACUGAAAGGAUUCACCGACCAAAAUCUCUUUUCAGCAAAGGGUAAUAUAUCCAUGGUCACAGCAGCACUUUCCAACAUCAGCUCACAAACCAAGAUCCUACCCAAAACCUUAGGCCCAGCAAACGUGAAUGUUGCACCCCAAAUGAUCAUAAGCACACCCCAACGCCUGAGCAACGCAGGGAGUGUUCUGAUCGGAAGUCCAUACACCCCAACGACAGCCAUGGUCACGCAGAGUCACAUCACCGAGCCCUCGGGCUGGGUUCCAGGGAGCAGAAAACGCACCCACGAGUUUAUUGAAUCUGAUUUUUCAGAUAACAAAAGGAGCAAGAAGGGGGAUAAGAAUGGAAAGGGUCUGCGGCACUUUUCAAUGAAAGUGUGUGAGAAAGUGCAGCGCAAAGGGACCACCUCGUACAAUGAAGUGGCCGAUGAGCUGGUGGCCGAGUUCAGUAAUUCCAAUAACCACGUGACUUCUGAUUCUCAGGCAUACGAUCAGAAAAAUAUCCGGCGCCGGGUUUACGAUGCACUAAAUGUCCUGAUGGCCAUGAACAUAAUUUCCAAGGAGAAGAAAGAAAUUCGGUGGAUUGGACUUCCCACCAACUCUGCUCAAGAAUUUCAGAACCUCGAGGCGGAGAAACAGAGGCGAAUAGAGCGAAUAAAGCAAAAGCGGGCUCAGCUCGAGGAGCUAAUACUACAGCAAAUUGCGUUCAAAAAUCUGGUGCAAAGGAACCGACAGUCAGAACAGCAAACACAGAAUGCCCCAGCACCCAACUCUACUAUUCAGCUGCCUUUCAUCAUAGUCAACACCAGCAAGCGGACGGUCAUAGACUGCAGUAUCUCCAGUGACAAGUUUGAAUAUCUCUUCAACUUUGACAACACCUUUGAGAUUCAUGACGACAUUGAAGUCCUGAAGCGGAUGGGCAUGUCCUUCGGUUUGGAAUCAGGCAAAUGUACCCCGGAAAACCUGAAAACAGCCAACUCCUUGGUGCCCAAGGUUUUACAGCCUUACGUCGCAGAAAUGGCCGAAGGAUCAUCUUGGCCAAACCACGAAGUGCCUACUGACUUAAUGCAAACCACCACUGCCUUAACAGCGGGCUCACUCUCUCAGUCAAGCGUGAACCCAGGACUAUCUUUGGACGUAGAAGUUGCCUUGGCGACUGGACAGUUCCUUGCUGCAGGAAGCAGACACUCGAGCAGCAUCGCUUCUCACUACGAGUCGCGAGGCGAGACGCCGUGCUCCUUCAACGAGGACGAUGACGAGGACGACGAAGAGGAGGACGACUGCUCUUCCCUGGUCGAGGGAGAGUAAAGACAAGAGUGCUGGCAUUCUUCUCCGGCUGCUCCGUAUUGCUUUUUAAUUAAGCUGUACUGUACUCUGUGCCACCACCUGCUGUUGCCGUGUUUAUGACCGUCCCCUGCAGACUGAAAGCUGAGGGAGAGAGAGAGGCGUAAAAGGAACAAUCGUUCUGUGUGUGAACGGGCGGCUCUCCUCCCAGUCCUGGUUCCUGCGCCUGUACAGAUCCAGUUAGAAAAGAACCAGAGCUUGACAUUGGCUGGCACAGUUUUAAGAGGUGCUAUUGAGUGGGAGAUUUUUUUUCCAUUAGAUUUGUUUGCCCCCUAUUUUAUCUUUUUUUUUAAAAAAAAAAAGCCCUUUGAGGUGGUCAGUCUGGCUGUUUGGCAUUUCCAGUGUUGGUGUUGUUCGUAAACGCAUCUUAGGCUUCUAUGAGUGGCGCCUGGAUCUAGAUUCGGGGCUGUUGAGGCACAGAAAUGACACUGUUCUAAGCUGUGUCGACAAAACGUUACUUUGUCGAAAAUACAGGAACCACCCAGGUUUUAAAACCGAUUUGAGACAUGUCCUUUACGAAUUAACAAGGGGUUUCAAAGCUGUGCUAACACGAAGAGUUCCAAAGAAAUAACCAGCUCUGAUGUUGAUGGAAGCUAAUGCUUAACAUGUAUUUGGAAAAUCUUUUUUUUCCCGUCCUUCCCUCCCCUUCCUUACGGCCAUAAAAUUCUCCAUGAGCAAUGUUACUUUUUCACUCUUAAAUUUCCACUUGGGUAAAUGCCGUUUCUCCCUGGGUUUCAGUUAAAAGCCAAACGUGACGUGCCUCAAGGCUGAUGUGCUUCUUCUGCACACAGAGGAAAGCAAAUGGCUGGUCAACCCACCUCUCUUGGCGAGGGGCAAACACGUUUAGCAGCUUAGUGCAUACUUUUGUUCUGGGUUUCAACCUGAUUCCUUUUUUAACUCCUCUCUACAGUAUCCUGACAGAUUCUAUUUUCCUUUCUCCUGUAUUUCCCAGUUCAAUAUUUGCUCCUUAUGAAUUCACCCCACCACUCCCAGCAUACCAACUUCCUCCGUAAAGGGACAAUAUCAAACGAGACACGUAUAUCUAAGCUGUGUCGACAGCGACAAGUAGAACUAUUCAAUAAUUUAUGACCAUUCUUUCCCACGCCACCUUUUCCUUACCACCCUGCCUGUCUGCAGGCUUAUUAAACCUUGUAAAGCUGGCUUGGUUUGUAAAUAAUUAGCCGUGUUAUUAAUUUUCUCCCCAUUUAGGUUUUGCAUCCACUUUGUAGAAAUAAUUUCAUUGUGUGUGUGCACAUAAAAUGCAUUUCUCCUGUUCUGCUGCAAGUGGGAAGUUAACGCAACCUUUCAGUAUGGUUUAAAACCAGGGUAUGGUUAUCCAUUGUGCUGAUGAUCACACCUGCAUGGGCUUUGAUGACAAUGCAGUGACUUAUUCCUGUGUUAUCGAGCAGAUUUAUUUCUAUGUUAACUAAAACAUUUGUAUGGUAGACAAUGGAAUAAAGACGAUUUUGUGAGGAUAUUUUUCUAAACAGGCCUUCAGCAGCAUCGCUAAUAUGUUCCUAUAAACUGUUCAGGAAUUCUUGUGAAGACCCGCCUUCACAUGAAACCUGUAUUUCUACUGCUCUGUUGUUUAACACGUGUAUAGCUCCGUGGUUUAGUACACACGUGAUGAACGUGAUGAGCAGGGGCGUAGCUUUGGCACGAUGGACUGACUGCACUGCCAGAGUGGAAGGAUGCAAAUGCAUUGCACCUCUCGCUCCCCCUUAUGCCACUUGCACGAUGCUGGAUUGUGAGCGCAGGGAGCGGAUUUAUACUACGCAGCCAUCCAGUUUGGAACCAAUUUGAUGCAUUAUGUGCAGACGUUUUGAUGGUGGGUACAAGUGCGUAGGUCUCAUUUGUCAAAACAAUGUUUUGGUCUUUUCGAAUCCAGUUUUGUAUUGGCAAGGCAGCUUUCUAACACUACACGUUUAACAUCAAAUCAACACUAAAAGGGGUAUUCUCUUCUGAACCAGGCCGUCCGUGUAGGAAGGUGGAAUUGAAUAAUGGGCUUCUGGUCAAAGUCCCUCAGCAAAAAAAAGACAAAUUUAUAACCAUUCUUUCAUAAGCCUAUUUCCUGUUGUAGUGUUUAUCAGGUAGACCUCUUGUGCUUGCUGGGUGGCUUCUGUUCUCAGUGCGAAGGCACUGAUUUUAGUUUCAGAACUAUUUUUUUUACAACCUGAAAACAAGUCAAAGCCAACUUGGCAGACACCUGUGCGUAAACGCAAUGAAUUUAACAAGCUGUCAAAGGAGCAAUUGUUCUUAAAUUCUGUUCCUUCAAACUUGUCAACAAUUAAAAUAAAUCCUUGAUGCUCCCAA